CACUUCAAAACGUCGUUUUAACUGAAUAAUUAAUUUUAGUACAAAUUUUAUACAGAUAAACAAUAAAAGGGAUUUAUAUUUUUUUCCAGGCUUUGUAAUAGUAGAGUUACAAUACUGAUAUACAAUAGUAAUUUAAUAGAUAAUAUAAUAGUAAGAUAGAGUUAGGCACUAGUUACUUUUCAUACAAACUUUUCGAAAUAAUAGACAUAUACAUAUAGACGUUCCGAGACCAUUGGAACAAUGCACCAUCAAUACUGCAGGCGUAAUGAAAUUAAAUUCCUAACGGACCGUGUGACCCUACCUCUGUUCCUAGCCACCCGCGUCAGCUCGAAGAAAAGUUAUGAAUACAAAACAAGAACUGAGGAACUCAUCCAUAAAUUGUGCGAAGAAGAAAAGCGACCGAAUACGAAAAUGCGAAGCGUUUAUGAGAAACGCAUUGGAAAAUAUGCCGAAAACCCACGACCCUGCAUAAAUUUGCGACGCAUCAAGCUCGUGCGCGAUCACAUCGAUACCAAAUAUUUUCAUUUGCCGCCAAAUAUCUACGAAACGAACAAAAUACCUUUUGAGACACGACGCGGGUUAGGCGGCGCUUACUGGCAUAGAUCACCUACGACCAAGUUGUCACCAGAUAAUGCACACGCCUUAAAGUGGCAGUUCUAUAAUAUACCGCGUGAUAGCGAUCGCUUCACAGAUCGACAUAAUCAUUACAAAGGCAAAUUUCGGACAAGUGAGUCAAAAUUGACACCGAAAGGUCACGGCACAGAAUGGAAUUCACAGAGCGAUCUCGCCGAAAACCAAAACGAACUGGCAAAGGACUCCCAAUUAAACCGUCGUCAUCUAAAUUGGGAUAUAAAAUCUCAAAAUUACGAUUCCCGAACAAAUGCAGCUAAGCCAAAUCCACAUGUAUUUUUACGAAAUUCCUGUGUACCCGAAAAACGUAUGAGCUAUAUACCGCGUCAUCAAAGCUUUCAGCCUGCCGUUGGUCGUUACGAAAUUGUAAUGGAAACCGCCAUCCAACCCGUCAUCCAACCCGCCACCAAACGCAUUCCCUCCACGACGACCAAAAAGAAACUCAGCCAUUCACAAAGCAUUACAAAAUUUGGAACUGGCGAUGUACGACGACGUCUACUUCACUGGAUGCUCGAUGCAGCAACGCUUACACAAGCGAAACAGUUUGAUCUUGAUGACCUGGAAGAGCCGCAGAUGCCAAUCAAAGAAACAUAUAUUCGAUUUAACUCAAUUAUUGCGCAGCCGAGGCUGAAAAUCAUUCCUGGAAGUUCUAAGCGUCCAGCUCCGCGUGCAUCUACAGCCAGCAAACAGUUUCAGUUAAGCCGCAAGAAAGCGACUGUGCAAAGACAGUUUGUCCCUAAAAGGGAGUACAAACGUAACUUAAAAUUUCGGUCACUUCCCUCGCCGAAAGUCUUGGCUUCAAAGACCGAGAUCUUCGCAAAUAUAUAUUCUUGUGAUACGCCGUGCUUUUAUUUUAGAAAGCUUGAUAUCAAUAAGUAUUUGAAAAAGUCAACUGCAAAUAAAACCCAAACUAAAUGUUAAUCUAACCUCAAAAAUUAUGGGGUUUCGAAAAUGAAGGAAGUAGGUAGGCGCAACCGAAGUUAUUUCCAGAUUAUCUUAGUUCAAAAUAAA